CCCUUAAAGGGGCCACGCCCGCCUCGCCGCGGAGCGCGAGCGGUCGGAGGGUGCAGAUCCGGCCGGCGGGCGGGGACGGCGGCCGAGUGAGGGCGGAGCGGCCCUGGGUGCGGGCAGGCGUACCAUGUACACCAUCACCAAGGGGCCCAGCAAGCUGGUCGCACAGCGCCGCACAGGUCCCCCGCAGCAGCAGGUGGAGAGCAGGCUCGGUGAGCUCCUGAAAUGCCGGCAGCCCGCGCCGCCGGCUUCGCCACCCCCGCGGGCUCAGCCCUUGGCGCCGCAGCCCGGACCCUGGCCCUUGUCGAGUCCAGGGCCAAGACUUGUGUUCAAUCGAGUGAAUGGCCGGCGGCCCCUCACCACAUCCCCAUCUCUUGAGAGAACCCAAGAGACCUACACACUGGCCCACGAGGAGAAUGUCCGCUUUGUGUCCGAAGCCUGGCAGCAGGUGGAGCGACAGCUGGAAGGUGGCCAGGCCAGUGAGAGUGGGCCAAGGCCUGUGCAGUACGUGGAGAGGACACCCGAUCCCCGGCUACAGAACUUUGUGCCCAUCGACCUGGACGAGUGGUGGGCACAGCAGUUCCUGGCUAGGAUCACCAGCUGUUCAUAGUGGCUGCCUGGGAAAGAACACUGCCAAGAUGGACCCUUGGCCAGAGAAGGCCAUGAUAUCCUCCACCUUGUGGUCGGCUAGAAGCUGGCCUCACCUGAAGUGCCACAUUUGGACUUUUGUACCUUUGGUUCCUUGGCCCAGCUGUCCCAAGCUGGCAGGGGCCAGAAGUGGAACCUGUCUGACCUCAGUCCGGCUCACUGCCCAGGGACCAGCCCUGGGGCUGGCAGGGAAGAGCUGCAGGCUAAUAAAGUUGAGAAACUGCCCUUUGGAGUGGCCUUGACUUGA